UACAUUUGGCUGUUAUUCUAGCACGUGUGAAGUUUAUUAAACAAUCCAGGAAAAUAAACAAAACUAUGAAUAAUAAACUCUUUGAGGGCUCCGACGACGAUGGGGAGGAUCUGCAGUUGUCCACCAACAAGGAUUAUGCCAAGACCUACAACAUCCUGCGCAAAAAAGAGCUUCUACAGAAAUAUAAGGAUCGUGGCUUGGAUGUUUCCGAAUCGGAAUUCGACAGUGACAGCUCGUCAUCCGAGGAGGACGAGGUGGACCCCAAAUUCGACCAGGACUUCUUCAAGACACUUUCCUCGCUAAAAAGUAAAGAUCCACGUAUUUACGACAAGGGUACGAAAUUCUUCAGUGAGUCCUCCGGCGAUGAAGAUGAUAAGGAUGGGGAGUCUCCAAAAAAGAAGAAGAAACCUAAGCCAGUCACCUUGAAGGACUACGAACGAAAGGUUAUUUUGGAACAUAAUGGCAAGUUCGAGAGCUCAGAUGAUGAGCAGCAGGAAAAAGAGCAUGAGGAACUUCAGCGAGCACAGUCACCUAGCGCCGUGGAGGAGGAGCGCCGCUUGAAAGCCGAAUUCCGGAAAGUGAUGACCAAGGACGACGACAGUGAGGAUGAGGAAUUUGGAGGUAUAUUCAAGAAGCGCAGUAAGACCAAGGAGCAAACAGCUGCCGAGGAGGCAGACUUCGCCAAAUGGCUGGCGGGAAAACAAGCAGAAAUUCAGCAAACCGACAAGGAGCAGUUGGAGCCUCUUAAACAGUACUGGAACAGCAACAAGCUCACCCAGGGAGAAAGUUUCCUGAGAGAUUACAUCCUCAACAAGGGCUAUGCAAACACGGAUGAGUCCGCCAUACCCACCUACGAUGAGAUCGUGGGAGAAGCUGCCCCGCUCUCCGAGGAUGAACAGGAACUGGAGAAGCAGGCAGAAUUUGAGCACAAGUACAAUUUCCGCUUUGAAGAACCAGAUGCGGACUUCAUUAAGCGCUAUCCCCGCACCAUCGAACAAUCCUUGCGACGCACCGAUGACAAGAGAAAAGAAAAACGCAAGGAGCUUAAGGAGCGCAAGGAUCAGGAGAAACAGCAGAAGAUGAAGGAACUGGAGCUCAUUAAGGAAAUGAAGCGUAAGGAGAUCGAUGAAAAGAUACGCAAACUAAAAGCGGUCACGGGCAACGAUGAGCUCGGUUUCCGGGACGACGAACUUGAGGAAGACUUUGACCCGGCGGCCCACGAUCGUCGGAUGCAGGAGCUCUUCGACGAUGAGUACUACAAUGUGGAUGAAGGCGAGGAGAAACCUGAAUGUCCCUCGGAUAUCGAUGAAUUGGCGCUGGAAGAUUGGGAUAACUACGAUCCCAAACAUCACGCUAAUGGGGGUUAUGAUGAGGACUAUGAAGGUCACUGCGAGGACGACGACUUCAACAUGGAUUGCGACUACGAUCCGUCCACGGCCAAGGAGCAGCUUCAACAAGAGCUCAUUGAAAACACUCGUGGUCGCAAAGGACGCAAGGGUAGGCGAAAUCGUUUCAUGGAGAUGAUCCAGGCGGAAAAGCCUGCAUUCAAUCCUGAGGACGAAAAGACGUACAGUGAGUACAUCGAUGAGUACUACCAAAUGGACUGCGAGGAUAUCAUCGGAGAUCAACCGUGCCGAUUUAAGUAUGUGGAAACCACACCAAACGAUUUUGGUUUGACGAUAGAAGAGAUCUUGCUGGCCAAGAACAAGGAGCUCAACCAGUGGGCUAGCUUGAAGAAGGCUGUCCAAAACAGACCGGAACACGUAGAGAAAAAGGAGCAACGUCUCUACAAGAUGAAAGCCAAAAAUGAAGACCUCAAGCGCAAGAUCUUCAAAAGUCUUUACGGAGAAGGUUCUGACGACGAGGAGCAGCCAGCCGAAGAGAAUCCAGUGGCUACAGCACCGACUACACCAGCUGCUGAAGCGACAGCUCCAGCCGAAAAUGGUCAAGUCUCGACGGAAGGUUUGUCCAAAUCGAAGAGGAAACGCCUUAAACGCAAGGCUGCCGCAGCAGCAGCCACCAGUGCGCCUAAGGUUCCAAAAGAGGAACCUGUCCUCAAGGAUACAAAGGAGGAACCGGCAGGAUCAACAGAAGAUGUUCAGGCAGAAAAUUCCAAGAAAAAGCCCGUUGCUUCCUCUAAAAAGGGUAAAGAUGACGGAAACCAGGAAACUAAAGCCAACGCACAAAGCACCGAAACAACAAGAAACAAUAAUGCCUUUAAAAAUAACAAAAACGAGGAUAAAAACGUGCAAAAUGGAUUCCAAAAACCCCAAAACAAAACAAACAAAAAUGCAAAGUCAAACAAUGCUUUUAAAACUACGGAAACUGCGCCUACAAACGCAGAAAAACCAAGUGGAAAUGCAAACCCUUUCAAUAAGCCACAACUGAAGUCCCAUCAAAGGCAAGAGCUGCCACCAAUUCAUAAAAAUCAAGGGGGAAACAAAAAGGGACCCAAAAACGCUAGCGGUCCCAAUCCCUUCAAGAAAUCAAACCAAAAGCCAAGUGCUCCCUUCCCAGCAAAGAAAACGAACAACUUUAAGGCGAAAAACAAGCAAAAUAACAACAGUGGAAUAACCGACGAUCGAUUAAAGGCAUAUGGUAUAAAUCCCAGAAAAUUCCACAAGCGGGAAAAAUAUGGUAAGAAAGAUAAGUAAAAAGUUAGAAUAAAUUUAAGAAUAAAAGUUGAUAUAUAUAGUUCUACAUUUUGUAGUUACAUUUUAUGUACAUAUGAUAACAUAUUAAAAACCAGCACAGCACAAUAAA